AUGUUACUCGACAAGCACAGCAGAACCAUCUUCAUAACCGUUACGGUGACGUUUCUUGUUGCCAGCCUUUUUGCCCUGGGCCGCGUCGUCAGCCGCUUCGGCGUAGCAAGGCGCCAUGGCUGGGACGAUUAUGUCUUUAUUGUACCAUGGAUCCUCGCUUUUGGGCUAUCUUUCACAGUCGCGUUUGGUGACUCGACGGACUUUAGAGACGGUAAUACCACACAGCUACGGACACAGUAUGCUACCAUGGUUAUGUUCAUUCCGUCUCUAGCGACGGCUAAGAUUUCGAUCCUCCUGCUCUACAUCGACAUCGCGCGGCAGUCGCAGAAGUUCCUCCGCGUCGGGUCUUACGUUACCCUCGUGGUUGUGUUACUCGGAGGCGUCAUCUUGACCUUUUUGACGGCCUUUCGCUGCCGUCCCGUGGAGGCAGCGUACAACUUGGCUGCCCUGGACACCAGCUGCAUUCCUAUCCAGGACAUCUGGCUAAGUACGUGGCCAAUUAAUAUCGCCACUGAGCUUGCCAUCCUCGUACUACCUAUCCCAGCGCUAUCAACACUGCCGUUGAAACCAUGGCGGAAGAGCAUGGUGAUUCUGUCCUUUAUCCUGGGCGUCACCUUCGUCGGCGUUAUUGACGUGGCGCGCAUUUAUAAUCUUCAGCUUGCCGUCAUCAAUUCUGAGAACGCGACUGCUCUCAGGCCCUUCAACAUUGGCAUGGCGCUUUUGUGGUCAGCAAUAGAGGUCAACACGGCCAUCAUAGGGGCCGCUAUCCCAACACUCCCCCCUGUGAUUAAACGACUGAUACCAUCCAAUCCACUGGGUCUCCUUUCGCAUGAAAGCACGCGAAUAUGGAUGCAACAUCUUCCAUCCCAGGCAGGCUCCCAAAACUCGCCGAGUGCCAACGGCUUAGAGUAUCAC